GUCGCGUUUAGUUCGGCACGAGACACCGUCGUCGUUGGUUCUCUGUGCGUGGUAUCCGCGCUCUCUCACCUAUCUUCACCGCCGUUCCUCGUUAGUAGGCCGUCGCGCGCUUAGUUCCGCAGUGCGCCGCUUGGCGCUGUCCUCCGGCUCCCGUAAUUUCGUAGCCGCCCGUCACACUGUGCAGUUUCCUCGCCAUCGUUCCGUCGACAGCGGGAAGCCUCCCGUUUUCCCUCGGCGUUCUCGCGAGUUGCGUCAACGACAACGGCGACACGACGACGCGUCGUCUGACGGACGCGAGAAGAUGAUCGCGGCCGGUCGUGGCCGCAGCUUAACGCGCACGUCGAACGGUGAGAUCGCGCCGUACCACGCGACAUUAUCAUAGGCUGGCCACCCUGCACAAAGCAACCGAGAAGGGGAAGGAAGGAAGAGAGAAAGAGAGAGCGAGAUAGGACAUGUAAGAUUCCGAGAAAGAGAGAGAGACAGAAAGAGACGUUGCAAAGUCCGUCCACAUAGCGCUUUCUCAGCCACCGUAGUGUGUCGCCGUUGUGAAACGCGCGUGUGGUAAACACACUCGCGCGCGCGCGCGCGCGCACACACACGAUCACACGUAGUAGACACGUUUCGUAUACGUUUGAAAUCGUGCUAGAAACACCGUGUAGCAGUGUAUCGUUACCUCGCUCUCGUCGACGCGCAUCGGCCAUCAGGCUCGCAUGCUCGCACAUCUCGUAUUUUGCAAUUCAUUCCCACGAAGAAAUGGCUGACAUUGGCAAAAGAGCGCUCUUACGUGAGGUCAACCCUCAACUGAUUUGUCCACUGUGCCGUGGCUAUUUUGUCGACGCCACAACCGUGGUGGAGUGCUUACACUCCUUUUGCAGAAGCUGCAUCUUGAAGCAUCUCAACGAGGCGCCGUACUGUCCAUCAUGCAAAAAUGCGCUCAACAUGCGCAAACCACAUAUCAAAUCCGACAAGACUUUACAAGAUAUUGUGUACAAACUCGUGCCAGGGUUAUAUCACAAGGAAAUGCGGAAAAGAAGAGAAUUUUACAAGAAGCAUCCCGAGCAUGCGGACUCUGCUACGUCGGAGCAACGUGGGGAAGACGUGAGUGGAAGAUUGAUUUUCGCCCCGGAGGACGCGGUGAGUUUGAGCUUGGAGUAUCUGUCGCCGGGAAUGGAUCCGCUAACCAUCUUGAGCACUAUGGACGUGGACACGAGCCACUUGAAUAGCAGCAACGCCAGUUGCGAGAACACCAAUAACAACACCAAUAAUAACAACAACAACAAUCACAACAACGGCAACAACAGAAGGUAUCUACAGUGUCCGGCUCUGGUGACCAUCGCGCACUUGAAGAAGUUCUUGGCGCUUAAGUACAGCGUGGACAUGACGAGAUAUACCAUCGAAAUCUGCCAUCGACGCGCACCGCUCCCGGAGCAUUGGACUCUCAUGGACGUCGCUUAUAUCUACGCGUGGAAAAGAAUUGCACCGAUGAGAUUCUUCUACCGAGUAGCGCAGGAAGAGCAGAGACUCGAAGCCCCGUUGCACCAAAGACCAUCGACUCCGGGGCUCGGAGCGUGUUUACCACCGAACGAUGCUGUCGUUAUCGUGAAGGACUAUAGUACGGACGUUUUCGUUGAUCGGUCAGCAACUCCAGGAUCAGAGGCGAAACAGGCGGACGAUGAAGCAUCUACGGCGAAAGAGCCAAGCAACGUCACGAACGAUAAAGCGAAUUCGUUCACGGAUAAAGAGAAGACCACGGAUAACAAAGUAACUGUGGAAAACAGGGCGAGCGAGUCCACCACGAUAACGACGACGACAACGACGACGACGCCGACGACGACGACGCCGACGACGACGACGCCGACGUCAACGGUAGUCGCGAAAGAUAGAGCGACCAAGACUACAUCAUUGUCAAAGUUAACGACAACGAGUGCGACCACGAUGUUGACUACAACGGCAUCGAUAGUGACGAAUACGAUGACGACAACAAUGACGAUGGCAACGACGACAACGACGACAACGAUGACAACGAUGGCAACGACGACGACGACGACGACGACGAUGACGACGACGACGACGACGACGACAACAACGUCCAAUGAUACGAACAAUAAGCAAAUAAAGAGCCCGAUUAAAAUAAUGAAGAAUCCAGACGGUAUGUAUGAGGUGCUGAAGAGUCCGUCAAUGAAUAGGAAUGGGAAAGAGCAAAGUAACGUUGCCGCUGAUUUGCCCGACGUUAAACCCGCAAGUCCCGAGUUCAGUGUUGUAAGUAUAGGAAACGGACAGAAUUCCAACGGCGUGAAAAUCACAUUGAAACAAUGUUCACCGACGAGUGGCACGAACGUGAAGAAGCCAAAGGUAAUAAGUAACAUUUUAUUGCGUUGUGGUCAACAAUUAGAGAAGGACGCAUCGAGUCCGUUAAUGACUCAACAACUGCAGAAGGACAAGGAGCCACCUAUAUCACCGCCCGAGCAGGACAAGCAGCAGGAGAAGCAACGGCGCAAGGUGACUUUCGUGGACCGGCCAAUAUCCGAGAAGACAUCUCCUAGCAGCGGUGCUACUGGCAUGCCGAAAACCGCGCUGAAGAAACCGGCCGAGCAGCAGGACAAGAAGCAGUUCCUACAGGGUUUCCAGCUGACCGCCAGGGAACCCGUCCCGGAGGACAUCAAACUCAAGUCUCCCGUUCGAGAUCUUGGAACAACCAGCGAAAAUAACUCUUCCCAGAAGAAAGACUGCGCUACGCCGAAAACGGAGGUGUCUCCCAAGAAGGACGUAAAGACGCGCGAGAUGAUCGACGAGGUCAAAAAGAAGAGCAACACCGAGAACACUGGCUCGAACGCGGCUAACAUCAAUGUCUCGACGAACAUGACCGUGAAGUGCGUCGGUGAAAUGUCAUCUGGUAAUGGUGCGCGCGCUCACGCAACCAUAUCUUUGAAUGAUGCCGGCACACGUGCGUCCAGUUCAGGCACGAGCAACUUGGCAAAUACGAAUGUCAACGCGAACACGAAUGUUGCUCAUCCGGCGGCUAAGAUGGACGUGUAUUCUUUUCACUCGAUCGACUCGUCUGUUCUGGCCGGAGCGGUGAAGAGAAAGUGUCCACCGGGUGUUCCUAUCAACGACCUAAAGCGCAAACGACACCACACCCAGACUCCGAACGAAAUGCCAAGAAAAAUGGUCAAUCUCCCUGCGGAUAUAUUGCCGAUGAAGCUACCGCGUGGUUCCUCGUUGGACCAUAUGACUCCUACGAGCAGAUCGAGCAGCGGGAUACCCGACUAUCACAGUAAUCAAAAUCGUCCGGUAUCCAACGCGAACACGAAAGCGCCUAGUGGUCAGACAAUAUCGAGCGAUCCUAGAAAUCUCCUGGACGGCUGUGGCUUAAAUAUUCCAUCGAGUCUGAGCAUAACAUUGACCUCGCCGAGAUCACCCGGAUCUUCUCUUUUCCCCGAGAUCAGUGAUAAUAACGAUAGUCGAAAGACCGCAACAUUGACCAAAAUGAAUCCCACCAUCACGUUGAACGAUCGGUCGGUCGAUCCGCGAGUGCUAAAGGCACUGAAGACCGGACAAAUGAAAAUGCCGUCACCGCCGAAACUGACGGUUAUCAAGCAAACCGACCAGAAUGAAGCACUUCAACAGCUACAACAACGAGCCACACUACCGAUGAAACGCAGCAGAAGAGAGCAAGAGUCGAUCUUAGAUCUCAGCGGCGGCAAGAAAGCAGACAUACACCCUCUAAGGAUCCCUCAGCCCGUGACGAAGCUCCAAGUUAACAACAAAACGAUCAAUAGUUUACCAGACGAUCAAGUGGUGACGCUCAUGGGUGGUCACCGAUAUUACCGAGCUCCGCCAGGUUCUCUCACACCCGCUGCUCACCGUGUUAACGAGUGCCCGCCGCUUCAGACGCGUACACCUGUCUAUGCGCCGAAUCUCAGCGAUAUAAGCCGUACCGGGCCAAAUCUCUCGUCCGUUUUCCCAAGUUUGCAGAGCCUCUACGUGCUGAGUCAGUCGCAGUUCCAGUUAGAGAACCGGAUGAGACCGCCACCGUCACCAUGCUCCGCCGCGGAGAGCAUAGCGUCCGCUGUAAUCGGCAGCGGCGACGGCGGUGUGAAUCCCAGCUGUUUGAGCGGCAUACCGAGCAAGACGCAUUUGGCCGCUCAGUGCGCGCCCGUGAAACCCGCCAGGUCGUCUGUAGCGUCUCUGGCAGUUCCUAUCAACAAGCAGCAGCAUUCCAUCGAAAAGCCCCCGAGCAUCAGCAUCAGAAGUGUGCCGAACAACGCAAGAAAGUCGAUAUUUCAACGCAAUAACGAAGCUCCUGCGGAUGACAGCUACGGCCCUUCGCGCUUAACCGGGCAAACGAGGUACUCGUCGAGUGUUGAGAACACGAACAAAUUUUCCCCGCGCAGUAACAUCGACGGUACGAAGAGCAACGAGCAGACGAACGUCGAGAAUUCCAAGAGUUCGACCGCAGAAGUGAAGAACGAAUUAACGGACAACUCGAAGCAGCAACAGCAACAUCACGACACCGCCAGUCCGAGGGUAUCGUCGACAGCUUCUCCAUCACCUCCUCCUGGCAGUAAUGGCGCGAAUUCACGAAACGAGAGUACUACUAUUAGCCACGGAAAUGGCAACGGCAACAAAGCCUCCAACGCGGGAGCGGUUAGCACCGCUGCGAGUGCGACGUCGUCCAGUCUGCCGAAGAGCAACGCUGACACGACGAGUUGUAAGUCACCAGCGAGUCCGGACUCCAGUUCAGUCACAGUAGAAAGUCCGACCGGCAAGAGUUGCGCGAGUUCGACGGACCGUACGCUACCGACUGACGGUCGGACGACGACAGACACGACGAUGAAAUCCUCCGAUUCCACUGUCAACCCGGACGACAGUGGCGUCGCCGACGGCACGGCCACGUCUGUCGAUAGCAAGAGCAGCAAAGUCGCCAAUCCGCCGAUCGACGCCAAGCAGCAGGCGUUGACUACCGAGAUGGUCCAGAAGAGACUGCUCGCGGUUUUCCCAUCGAACGAGUGGGCGAACAAUCCCGAGGCUGCCGAGCACUUAGGAAACUUUCUGAAAAGCCUGAACGCAACGAUCAAGAGCGACGGACAUGCCGACGAGUCCAAGACGGACAAGACCGAACGAAAGCCCUCUGUCGCGAAUGACGCCGCGAAAAUAAGCGACGAUCUCGUCGCGAAGCCCAAGAAAGACGUCGUAGAGCACUCGUAAUGGUUCCUUCCAAAGCCCUUCAGCGUGAUACAUGACUGUCCAUACGACGAGUCUCGCGCAGGAUCUUUCUUAUGGCGUCGGUGACGACGAGCUUCCAGCUGCUUCCUCCGUAGUGACGGUCGUCGCGUCUCAGCCGACGAGAUCUCGCUGAUAUCGCGCACGGUUAAUCGCGCCAAAAGUCUAUAUUUUUACUCAACAAUCGAGUCUUCAAGAGGGACAGCCUGUGGCGACAUGAGGAAGAGGAAGCGCAUAGUGUAGUUCAAAGGGACGCGAAGCGAAACACUGCCAUAACGAAUCAAAGAGUGUGAUUUAUCGUUUUCGAUUAAGGACGCGCACAUAGUUGCUAUAUACGUUUUACUGCGCAGAGGAAUGUUCUUACGAAAGAGGACGAACAUAUAUCAUAAGGUUUAUACACAGCAUAAAAGAGUAAACGUAAAAGAGUGUAGUGUAAAAGAGACAGAGUUUUAUUUUUUCAAACUUCUCAAAGAAGCGCGCAUCUUUCAUGAUACAUACAUUCGUAAUGAAUUGUGCGAUUGACAUGCAUGAGAUCACUUUACCGAUUCGAAGCCGUAUCAUUGCAUGACAUUCUAGAAGUGAGAAAUUGUGGAUCUACUUGUGUCUGUCGGGAACGUGUGGUUUUUUUCAUCGAUGACUCAACUCACCGAUGAGCAAAAUGCCAACAGUGUGUCGGCGGAUUGACGACAGACUCGAUCAGAAUUGAUCAUCAGUGGUCGCAUUGAACUCGUCUCCUCUGCUGAAAGAGCUUGCUGACAUAACUUGACGGGGCCUGCGUUCCAUUUAAAUACAUUGGAAAUAACAUACUUUUACACACUAAACAAAACUAAAGUCCAAGUAAAUUAAAAUCCGCAGUAUAUUUUAUUGAAAUGACUAUGAAACAACAGAUCCUAGUGACCGUAUUUUCGAAUAGUAAACUACAGACAAAAAUUCCCAGCAGACCGGCGCCAAAUCUGUCAAGCAAGUUUGGCUACCCAAAAGGGCCACUAACAGCAUAUUGACCAGCACUGUAGGGGAUUCUACAUUGGCCACUGUAGAUUCAACAUUGACUGCUUUGUGCUGCUCGAUGUGUAUUUGCUUGAACGCGGACUAAUUCUCUUCUAAAUAGAAUAUAUACAGAUUCAUGAAGGAUUAACGUUUCAUGUUUAUGAGUUUUCUAUAAGUCAUUAGUCAUAAGCCACAAGUAAAUUGGCCCAAUCAUAAUUUUCAAGAAUAAUCGAACGUGGUUGGUCGAUUUGGUUACAGCUUAUGAAACUAAUGGCUUGUAGAAAACCCAUUAAGAGGAUGUAUUGGUCGUUUAAUGUUGAUAUUAACAUGAUUGAUGUUAUUAAUACGUUCGCGCCAGCGCGUGAUGAGGCUCCUUUGCAAAUAGCCGGUCACGCACCAAUGGAUCUAUGUUCAGUUAAAGUGAGCUGGUCUAUCGGACUUUCAAGGGUGGUGUGUCCCUAGAUAGCACAGAGAAUUAAAAAAGAAUUCAGUCGUAUGCCACCAAUUCUGAGUUUAUUUUUAGAUGCAAAAAGAAUUCUCUUCACUGAACUGAACCCUGAAAAAUUCUUUUUGCAUCUGAAAAUGAACUCAGAAUUGGUGAUAUCCCUAACAGAUGUCCAAGAGACAUCCUGAGAACGUCCUGAGUAUGUUUCUACAUCCUCAGGACGUCUCUGGAACAUCCCCAGAAGAUCCUGUGCUGUAUGGGAUAUGACUGAAUUCUUUUUGAAUUUUUUUUUUAAUUCCCUGUAUUAUCUAGGUUGUUUCAGAUAAGCAGCGAAUGUGUUAAUAUCAUGAUAUACGAUAUAAAUACAGUUUAAUAUGCAAACUUUGAUGUACAAACAGAGACUGUAUUCUGUACACGUUUACCGACAGCUAUCGAUUCGAUGUGUCUGUUGCGUAGCUAUUUUAUAUGAUUAUAUUUGCGCAACGACAAAAACCGAACCAACAGUUGUCGGUAAGCGUGUGCAAAAUAUAGUUCCAUGUCUUUGUUAACUGAAAAUGGAAGGUGCGCGAUAUACUUCAUUCUUGGAGAUUGAGAGGAACUUUCUCAACAUAUACUGAUCCGAAUGGCAUUGUUAGUAUCCUACUUUUUAUGUUAUGUUUUACUUUAUUAGUUACGCGCGUUAUACUAUAUAUACAUAUAUAUAGUUGUAUAAUAAAAUUGUUACGUUAUGCAGUUUUUCGAUAUACCGCUGUAUCAUAUUGAUUGUAUUAUUUUGAAAUUGUACAUACUUAUUAUUAAAGAACUUUCGUGGAAGCGUCUGUUAAUUUGUAAGAUGAAAGUCGAAUUUCAUCAAGAGUGUAUUUCUUGUGUUUUGCAUAUUGACUUCGAUGAAAGAACUAAAGUAUGUAUGUAUGUAUGUCAGUAAACGAGAAAUACAUUAUACUUGAACAUA